AUGCUUUUCAAAAGAACCCAGGUUGGUGUGUACCUCUCACUCGCACCGCUAGCGUUGAACGCUGUCUGCUUGGAUGUCUUGACGAGGGAUGUGAUCGUUGUAGGAGGUGGUGCAUCAGGAGCGCAUGCUGCAGUGUGGCUGCGAGAUAAUGGAAAGAGCGUGGCUGUUAUUGAGAAGCGAAAUACAUUGGGCGGUCAUACAGCGGUAUACCACGAUCCCACCACAGGCCGCCCCAUCAACAUUGGAGUACAAGCCUGGAUGGAAUAUCUGAACACCACUUCAUUUCCUACCCGUAUGGGGGUCUCCACCAACGGCUCUAUGGCCUUUGGCUCUGUCACGACAAGGUACAUCGAUUUCCGCACUGGACUGCCAGUCGCGUAUACUCCACCGGCCGACUCGGAUAAGAACGCGGCCAUCAAGAAAUAUCUGGAUUUGUGCGAGAAGUACGAGGGCCUUCUUAUCCCAGGGUUCUUCAACUUCCCUUCUCCUGAUAAGAUCCCUGAGGACCUGACUAUGAACUUUGGUCAAUUUGUGGACAAGUACAACUUAUCUGCCGCUGUACCCAGAUUGUAUGAUGCUACCGUCAUGGGCGUAGGUGACUUCAUGAACGUGCCGACUCUCUACGUCAUGCAAGCCUCUGGGGUCCCCAUGGCACGUGGCUUGCUCGGUUUAGGCCGUGCAAUUGUACCUCCAAGCGGGAAUUUGCAUGAACUGUACGAGCGUGUGGCGGAUUUUCUCGGCUCUGAUGUACUAUACUCGAGCACAGUGUCAUCUUCUACCAGAACAGACAAUAGAGUUUCUGUUAUCGUCCGAAGUGCCAACGGUACCGAAACGAAGGUUACAGCGAAAAGGCUGCUCAUCGCAAUCGAACCUACCCUGAUGAACAUGGCACCGUUUGGUAUGGACGAAGAUGAAGAAAACGUGUUUAGAACUUUAAAGUACACAACGGUGUAUGCGGGUCUCGUCAAGCAUCCUAGUCUUCAAAAGGGGACUGCGUAUUCAAAUAUUGUUCUUGCUGCAGCGCCGAACAACUACUCCGUAUACCCAUCCAUCGCCCAAGUUGGGAAGAUAGGCCAACAAGUUGGCUCGAAUGAUCUCUUUUCCUUCACAGCCGUGGGAACUGAUAAGGAUAACUCUGAGAGUAUGAAAGAACUAGUUAGGAAGGCCGUUGCCAGCAUGGUCGCCCAGGGAACAAUUCCAGACACGAAUGGCACUGUCAACUUUGAGGUGUUUGCAGAUCAUGGAGCGAUACACUCUCGAGUGUCGACUGAGCAGCUAAAAGAAGGGUUUAUUCAGAAGCAACUGGUUUUGCAAGGAAAAAGGAGCACGUGGUACACUGGAGCAGCCUUCAGUUCGGGAUACUCGACGGUUCUAUGGGCGUACAAUGAGCUCCUACUGCCAAAGAUGGUUGAAGGGUUAUGA